AUGGAAAUAACUUUAGAAGAGUUUUAUUCGCUUCUUAGGAAUGUUGAUAAUUGGAUAUCUAAACGAUACUCAAACAGCUCUUCAAAGGACAAAUCCGUUCUCCAUAAUAUUUGCUCGUCUCCACAUAGGACGCAACACCCAUUUUCACUUGGAAUCGUCACGCCGACGAGCUCGUUGCCUACCGUUCCUACUGCAGAUACCGACGACGAAUUGUCAUUUAAAACGCCAAAAUUUGACAAAAAAGACCUGUCCACAUUGCUUGGCGAUUCUUCAAAGUUCUCAAAAGAUGCGCUUUUGGAUAAGCUGAUUCAAAAGGCUGCACAUGAAAAGCUAUCUCUGCUCCAAAGAAUUGACCGCUUGGAAGAGAAAUAUACGGAAAAUAUAAAAGGCCAAGAGAGCAUCAUUCUGGAUUUGAAGAAAUCAAAUGAUCUGAUCAUGGACGAGCUCAAGACCUCCAAAGCCCUCUAUGACAACCAAUUGUCAUUGAGCAAAAGGAAUGUGGAAAUCGAUAUUUUCCCUCGAAACGCUCAAGAAGCACAUACAGCGACCACAAAUAUGCAAACAAAGACCAAAAACGCUCCAGAUUGCAAAGAAAACGAGCCAAGCCUUAACAUGCUUUCUGAUUCUGAACCGAUCCUUUCAGACACUCCGAAGAGGAUGGCCAGGACUGAGGACGAUAUGCUGCCUUUUGUUAAGCCUAUUCUUGAUUUCCAUCAAUAUUCACCAAAUGGAAUGCAGGAAGGGUAUGAAUCGGAUAACUCUUCCAUUCUUGAAGGCGAAGGUGAGAAAAUUGUUGUAAUGGAAACGCUCUAUAUGACAUCUCCAAUUCGGAUGAGCGACUUGGAUGCUUGUCAGGAUCUCCCCAAAACCAGUGCUUUGGAUGCAUCUCAUAUAGACGAGUCGCCUUUCAUUCAAAAAAAUGGCGAGCCAGCGACUUUGGAUUUCCAAAAAACUGCGAAAGAAGAUGCUAUUUUUUCUCCGGAAGCCGAAUUGACAAAACAAAGCGAUCACUUGCUAUCUUCCGACUCUUCGUAUCCAGAGUCUAGCUCGAUAUCGUGCCCGGAAGAUUCUCUGGAUGAGUGCAAAAUACUAUCCCCGCCCUUUGUAUGCACCGAGACUCCACCUACUAUCGUCGAUGAACACGAGAAUGCAGCGGCAGGUCAAAGGGAAGCUUCAAUUGAAAAAGAAGCUUCAAUUCAAAACGAAGAUACCGAUCUUUCCAAAAUAUUUGAUGGAAAUACAGACGCCGGGAUUUUAAAUGCAGAUGAUUACAAAUCCUUUUUUGCAAAGCUAGCAGAAUGGGAAGAAAAGCACAGGGAAACAAACGAGGAAAUCCUCUCCUCUGUAAGAAAUAAGAGAUUUUCUCCAAGAACCUCAAAACUGUAUUCCGUUGAUUCUAUAAUGACACCGGUGGCACCCAAGCAAGAAAUAUUGACAGAAACUACACCCAUCGAAAAAGAUACUACUAGCCUUUUUGUCGCCAAUGGCGAGCAAUUAGUGCUGUUCUCGUCAUUGGCGACAAAGGGUCCAGACGCCAUCAUGCCUAUUUCCGAGCAAGAGCAGAGCUAUGUUGAAAAAUUGUACUCUGUAGGAGCCCGUAUAAAGUCACUAUCUCUAUCCGCUCCAGAACGAAAAUUCAUGAUGCACGAGCUUGUCAGUAAUGAAUCGGAAGCUUUGGCUGCCAAUGACGGCCGAAAACAAGAUGACACCUCGUCAACCCUGACAUUUUUGCGUAUUUUUCUUGUCUGGCUGCUUGAGCACAAGGUGACCACUUGUAGCCGCAAUUCUCACGUCGCUACAGAUUGCCAUGGCACCACUGAAGCGCUUUCUUCGUCUUCUUGUGUUGUUGAAAAUCCAUAUUUUGAGGGAGAUGAAGAAGUAAUUGGACGUCCAAACAUUGUUGCUCCUCCGAAACAAGAAAAGAAAUCUUCCAUCAAUUCGGAAUUGUCCAUUUCUCACGUCACGAUAAGCUCCCUGAUUUUGGUUGUAAUUUUAUAUUUUAUUGCCGUGGAGCAAGCAAAACUUGGCAUGGAUAUUCCGCCCGUUUAA